CUCAGCCUCAUUCAGUCCGCCUCGCACCAGCCUCCCGCAUCCGCGCACUCCCUUCCCCAGUCCGCGCCCUGAUCCGCGCACCAUGCGUACCUGCCCGGAGCCGCUCCACCGAACCCCCGUGCUGGAUUUUACCGACGCGUCAGGCUGAUACCGAGCCGGGAAAGGGAUACCGAGACCUGCCGACACUCACACUGUCUACUUUUUUUGUUGGUUUCAUCCUUCAGUUCUUUUGUUUGAAAGCUGACGGCUGCGCUAAAGGUUUAUUAGAGGAGUGGGCCGUGCAAUGAGAGCCGACUUCUAACUCUGACCCGUACAAGCCUCGACCGCCCUUUUUUUUUUUUUUUUUUUUUUUUCUUUUAUGUUUGUUUCCUGCGUGAACUGGAGCCACUUUCCAACCAUGAGGAGAAGCAGCUCUCAUGUGGUUGUUGUCGGUGUGUUCGCUGCCCUGCUGCUGUCUCAGGUCUGCUCCGGCAUCAAAUGGCUAGCGCUAUCACAUGUUUCUCCAUCUCUACACAUCAACCAGACUCAACACUGUAAACUGCUGCCCGGCCUGGUGUCGUCCCAAGCCCAGCUGUGCCGCAGUAACCUGGAGCUCAUGCAAACCAUUAUCCAAGCUGCCCGUGAAGUCAAGAAAACAUGUCAGAAGACCUUCGGCGAUAUGAGGUGGAACUGCUCCUCCAUCGACAUUCCCAUCGACGCUCCCAAGUACCGGCCAGACCUCGACCGAGGGACCAGGGAGUCGGCGUUCGUCUACGCCCUGUCUGCGGCCACCAUCAGCCACACCAUCGCCCGGGCCUGUACCUCCGGAGAUCUGCGCCUGUGCUCCUGCGGUCCCAUUCCCGCCGAGAUCCCCGAACCCGGGUACCGAUGGGGGGGCUGCGCUGACAACCUGCACUACGGCCUGGUCAUGGGGUCCAAGUUCUCCGACGCCGCCAUGAAGAUGAAACGGCCGGGGUCGCACGCCAACAAACUGAUGCACCUACACAACAGCGAAGUCGGCCGACUGGUGUUGAAAGAGGCUCUAGUGAUGAAGUGUAAAUGCCACGGCGUGUCCGGCUCCUGCUCCAUAAGGACCUGCUGGCGAGGCCUUCAGGACCUGAGGGAAAUCGCCAUGGACCUGAAGACCAAGUACCUGUCGGCCACCAAAGUGGUCCACCGGCCGAUGGGGACGCGCAAACAACUGGUGCCCAAAGACAUCGACAUCCGGCCGGUGAGAGAGAACGAGCUGGUUUACCUGCAGAGUUCUCCAGACUUCUGCACCAAGAACGACAAACAAGGAUCUGUGGGAACCCAGGACAGGCAGUGCAACAAAACGUCGGUGGGUAGUGACAGCUGUGACCUGAUGUGCUGUGGCCGUGGAUACAACCCGUACACGGAGAAGCUGGUGGAGCGCUGCCACUGCAAGUACCACUGGUGCUGCUACGUCACCUGCAAGAAGUGUGAGCGCAUCGUGGAGCGAUACGUCUGCAAAUGAGCGGGAACCUCCGCCCGCCGCCCGUCUGCUCGUACCCGGCCACGCCAGGCCAGGCCAGGCCAUGCCAUGCCAGGCCAGGCCAGGCCAGGCCAGGCCACAGAUUAACCCAAGCACUCCAGUACCAACAAGGCUUACCGUGUCUUAAGCUUCAGCAUGUGUAUUUCAACAAGAAGCGGCCUGUUCUUGUGUCAGUAUAAGUUUUGUAUCCAUCUCCGAACUCUCAACUGGGUUUUUUUUUGUUAAAGCUUCUUCUGCUUCACAAACCGGGACAUGGAGCGUGGCGACAGAGUCGGUUUACGUGAAGACCGCCGUCCUCCUGGGUAUUUUCCUUUUCUUGUACGAAUAAUAAACCUCCCCCAAAUGGGACAAUGAAAGUCUAUUUUAUUAUAUCUCUAAUAAAGCAAAUGUUAUUGGAUUUGAUGGCGGAGGAGAGGGACUGUCUUGACUCUCCGAGGGUUCGGAGGAUCCACGUGGUUCUGCGUCAGAGGUACUGCAGAUCGUUUUCCUCUGCGCAAACGGACAAUAGAGGACAAACAGAACACAAAGGGAAUUUUUAUGUACUUUUUCAAUCACGGAGCUUUUUGUUGUUGUUGGUUUUUUUUUGUGGUUGACGCUUCGCCCUGCACAGAUCUUCUUGUUCUGGGCCAGACCUGCACCCUGUGGAUUAUGAGAAGAGAAAUGAGGACUUUUCAGAUUGAUGCUGCAUUAUCUCCUUUAUGUCUGACUUCCAGGCAGUUCAAAGUAUAUUCUAUUUUUCAGAGCAUAAGAGCUGAACUCAUGGAUUUUGUAAACCACUUCUGUGUGGAUGUACAUACUGUUAUUUUGUAUACUGAAAUAAAGAAAGAAGUAUUUAUAAAAUAA